AUGGCUGUAAGGUCACAGCCGCGCGUGUGUAUUGAAACUUCGGUUCUUACGCUCGGAUGGGCCGAUGAGCACGCCGAUGCCUAUUACCAUUCACUCGAAAUGCAGAGGGUUAUCCUCCGUGGCCAGAAUGGAGUGAUUAUCCCAGACUACUUGGAGAGGUCUGGGGACGUUAUCUUCAUUCGCUCUAUCUCUACGCCUGGUAGACCAAUCUCCCACUUUACUCCAGACUCGUGGUCUCGCAAACCCGGGCAGCUUGUGGUCCUUGCCAUCGCAUGCCUUGAAAUACUGGCUAAGAUACACUCAAUAAACACGCUACACAGAAACAUAACAUCAGAAUCUGUCUUCCUUGACUCCUGUGAUAACAAAAUGUUGGUGGCAUCAUACGGAAUCAUCAAAACAACCCCUGACUUCGAAACAGCGCUUCAUUCCUACAUUCCACCACGGUUUAAUUCCGCAGAUUUCCAUGACAUAAUUAUGUAUGCUCCUCCUCUUUCAGAGUCCUUUCUUCAAACAGGAAGUUUCGUUGUACACCUUACUGAGCUGCGAAAGUUCCUGGCUAUUACACCCACAGAGCGCGUUCGCUUCAACCUCAGGUUUAGCCCACUUACAGACCUUUACCAAAUGGGGUUUUUCCUCUACAAGCUUCUCACGCAAGAGUGUCCACCCUCCCCGUUCUCACUGAAAUAUCAUGACGCAGAACCGGGGUGGAGACGAGCAAGGGAGGACGCGCUCAAGAAGCUCCAGCAGUACAGCUUGGGUCCAUUCUGCAACGAGUUUAUCUUACGCCUGCUGUGCCUUUCAGAGUCUCGGAUCUAUCUUUCUGCAGCAGAGGCUCACACUGACAUUUUGAAUUAUUGGAAGGCGGUCAACGCAAACCCAGCAAUGCUUCUCGAGGCAUCCUUACCUAAGAACAUGCCCAUAAACCCUCUAUCCUCUGAGGUGAUGGUGAAGAGAAUGCUCUCCAUACGGCUCUCAUUCAAUGACAUACACAUUCAAGCAAUACUGAAGAACAUUUCAGAGACUUUUCCGGUUGAAUUUCGUCGAGCUCUUUUCAAGACAGAUACUAACUAUGUAGUCGAGUGCUAUACGGCGUCCCAUUAUUCGGUAGAGCUUCCAGAGAUAUAUGACAUUUUAGCCACUAGAAAAGCAAUGUUAGCGUUCGAAAAUAUAAAAAAGGAGACUCCGGCCCUUCAGCAAAACUUAUUUGCCUAUUCUUCAACUAAGACCCAGUGUGCAGCUCGACCUCUGAAAAAGAUUUGCUGCUUGGCUGGCCUACGGGGAUCUGGCAGGUCUGUGUUGCUUGGGGACCUAAUGCGUAUAGUCAGAGAUAGCCUGCUCGGCUUCUGCCUUUAUGUGCCUUUCAAGCAAAUCUCUAGCUCUUUUGCGUUUGAUGAUGAGCGCAACCUUUACACAUGCGAUGCUACCUACUACAGAAUGUGUCACACAACUUCACACCUGAUUAGGGAGUUGCCUAAAAGUAUGCAAGAAAUUGAAACACCCGAGCAACUGAAGCGAUUUGAAAGUCACAUACAAACAGAGGAUAAUGGUGAUGUGCUGUCUUGUAUUUCAGGCCCAGAAUUGUCGCCCAUGUUGUAUCUCACAGAAGAUGAUAUAAAGUGCAAGCUCACACACUCGUACAUUGAGUUCGACGGUGAGUUUCAUUUGAUAGAUCUCUAUCUUGCUAGGUAUAUCGCUAGGUUAGAUGACAAGCCCUUGCUCAGUAGCAUCGGAGAAAAGAUGAAUCCCAGUAUACUAGCUAAGUUACCCUUUGUUCUACCAUCUCUGGCUGCAGCAAUGAACAUACGCGGGAAGCUAGAUGAUAUUAAAACUGCUGUCUCCAUAGAUUACUAUGAGUCCGUCUUUGGGAUUUUGGUUCGCUCUGUGCUUACCCGUGCAUCUGUCUUUGUCCUUGUUCUCGACGACCUAGUCUCUGAGUGCAGUAAGGACUUCAUCAAAAGAUUUUAUUCUUUCGUAGGCAAUCUCAAUGUUGAUAGAUUUUAUGUCAUUUUAAGUGAGUCUCUUUCCCCUUGCAUAUAUCCCGAGAGCUUUUCAUGGACUGGAACACCUGACUCUGCGCCGAAUACAAAGGAUGAUGCUGUCUCUCCUGUUUCUGGCAAGCAGUACAGCAGAGCAAAAAAGAUCUUAUCGUCCUUCAAGGUGCUAUCCAAAGAGUCUCCCACUCAUCAAGCUAGUACCAAGACGCAGGCUCAGUCGACAGUUGAUGACGCACGCUCAUCAACUAGCGUCAACAGCGCCUCAGGGGCAUCGGUUCUCUCUUCUGGUAUAAAGCAAAGCUAUGUUCAAGGAUAUUCUGCUUCUGCACGCAAUUCCAACCAAGAGCUAAAGAUUAAAGACCUAUUUGCCCGGCCAUACAGCUUCAACUUAGCAGUCAAACGCUUGCUUAACCCGUCUUACAUCUUACUGGAUCAAGUUCCAGAUGACAUGGCACAAACCUUUAUAUUGAAGUCCCUCAUGUUAUCGCCAGAUGGCCCAGAAGGAAAGGGAGGACUCCCAUCUGUUAAUACGGUGGACUUGGUGGAGCAGAUCUUGAGGAAAUCAGGGUCAAUAAUGCUCAACAUCAAAUUGCUGAUUCUGACGCUGUAUGGUAUUUCUGGCAUCACAGGCUCGCAAGCGCGCUAUAGCAAGACUGCUCUAGACGCGAUUCCUGACAUAGAUCAGGUUAUCUUAAGACGCUUUCUUGGUUUGAGAAACUCUAAGAAGCUAUCGGACGGGGACAUGGGUAUACUUUGCGCAUCGUCUGUCUUUGGCACUAUUUUCGACAUGCGCUGGCUUACAAGUGCCCUCAAUUACAGUAACGACGAUGUGAUCCUCACGUCUCUCACUGAGCUUUCUAAUAUGCAUCUAAUUUCUUGCGCCCCACAAUUUGUACAGCUUAGGCAUCCGCUUUAUGCACAAGGAGGUGCAGACCAUGGCGUGGACCUAGCCCACAAUCCCUACAAUCCUAACAAAUCUACAAAUCGGAUAGGCUACAUUUUUCUGUUUAAUAAUAUCAGUCUAUGCAAGGUUCUGGAAGAGUCAUUUACAUCUGGCAUGAGCCAAAAGCUAUUCCUGAUCGCACUAUAUCUUCGGAAGAGGUGGAUUGCACGGGACUCUGUUUUGGAGAGAAAAUCCGACCUUAAGCCGUCCCUCUAUAUAAGAAACUAUGAUCCCAGAGAGCUGGAGACGGGAGAACUAAUCAGAAAGCUCCACUUGGACUUUGUUUCUCUAUUGAGGGCUUCGGGUAAGGCGGCAGAUGUUUCAUUAAAUGAUCUUCAGAUUAACAAGGCCUCUCUUUCAUUACGGAUUGCUUUGCGCACUCACAAGACCUUCUUUUUUGACCAUAACAUGGGGGUAAACAACUGGCAACAGCAAGAGGCUUUUCUUAAGCAAAUGGAAGCCGACCUCAGAACACCAAGCACACGGGCAUGUCUCCUAGAGCAAUAUGAUGGACUUUUUGUGGACAUAACCAAGCUUCUGAAGUGCCUCAAUCCGUGUGCAAGCAAAUUGCUCGACAUUUAUGACCAGUAUGAACUUCUGAGACUAAACACAUAUGCAUGCGACAUCCUCUCUAAGAGCUUUGCUGACAUCAGCAAAUACCUUUCAAUGGCAAAGUCAGCUGAGCACGAAAUCUGGACUGCUAUGGCCAUGCUAUGUCUCAAUCCAAUGGAAAGGCAGAACUGGUCCCUGUCGAACUAUAAGGUUGUUGCCCAGAAGAGGCCCCUGCUGACGUUCAAAACUGCUAAUUCCCUUGACCUAGACUCGCUACUCAAGUGUACCAUAGGUGUACUCUCAAACCCUAACAGUGCCCACAGCUCUCCCAUUACCAGUGGCAAUGCAGAUGCUCUGCCUGGUAAACCAAAUGCGCUCCAAAGCCUGGUUUCAAAGUCAGACCCCAAUGGGACGGAUCCGACAGACAUGAUUGACACAAUGUAUAAUGAGACCAUACAGGUCGGUACCGAUUCUGAACUUACCGCGUUGUACAAUGCAUUUCCCUUGCUAUUUAACUUUACAUGUGCAAACAGCAUCUGCUAUUCGGUACAGUCAAUCCGCUUCACCACAAGAUACAAUCUGGUGCAGUCCACAUAUGUAACCGACAAACUAUCAAAUGAGGUGUACAAGCAUUACUGGCUGGGACUUAUAUGGGAGUGGACACUGGGCAUGAUACAGAGUAACAAGCCGGCGCGGGCUGUCUCAAUCGCUGUCUCAAUGCUGCAGAAGUUGCUUGGAGAUGAGGCGCACAUCAACGCUUUCCUACCUAUGAUAACCAUGAAUAAAAGCAUUCACCGGGACACUAUUGUUGCGACCCUCUCUCUUCUCUUCACUACCAAUCUUGUUGAGGGUAAUGGACUGAAGCCGCAUCCACAGGCUGCAAUCAUGGUUGCUUUUGACUCACUGAAGUCUCCCUCGACCCCCUAUGCGCUUAUGCAAUAUAUGAAGAGGGCAUCGUUGCUGGAGAGAUCCAUCCAAAAGCUCCUCUUCCUUAUCUUUUAUGCGCUUUUCUUACGGGACUUAACGGAGCUGUACUUGUCACUGGCAGCAGCUAUGGUGGAGCGGUGCCUCUUGUAUGGGACAACAAUUGAGGGAAUUGCCAUGAUAGGGAUUCUUGCAGCUAUUGCUCCAAGUUACAUUCACGAGCUCCCCAAGGCCGCAAUGUUCCACAUUGUGAAGGCCGUUGCAGAGAUGCUGCAGCUAGAAGAAACAAAGUCUCAAAAAACAAUGGGCUCUGCGGAGAGGUCGUUACAGAGUUACAACUUUAUUCCUCCUCUACUAUCUUACAUCUUUGAGCUAACGUCAAUACACAUUCUUCCCCACAUUGAUCAAACCGUGCGUGCUCACCUUAUUUCGUACAAACAGACGAUCUAUCUCCUAUCCAGCGAUGUGGUAGAGAAUGUUAUAUCGCAGCCUCUCGCUCUGUGCCUCUAUGCGACCAGUGCUUUCCUCUCCUUCAGAAAUGCUAGUGAGCUGGAAACGCUGGCCUUUGAGUGCCAGGUCGCUUACAACAACAUGGUGGCUAUAAAGGAAUGCGUAUUCAAUGUAUGCAUCUUUGUGAUUGCGUGCUGCUGCAAGUAUUUCAGAAUUAGAAAUGAGGCGGAACUGCUUGAAAAGGACAACAUUACCUUUAUCUCUACACAGAAGUCAGAGGGGGCUCCCACUGACGACUCUGAAUCCACUCCCUUUACUAGCAAGGGUGCCAAGGCAAUCUACAAGGAGUCCCUUCCCGACUUUGACAGCAUUUCGAUAUUAAGCAUUCAAUACAUGCGCUCCGACGCAACGCUCUUGCCCUCUAAGCUUGUUUGCUCCGUGCUGCUGGAGGCGUAUGCUCGAGCAGGCCUACUCGUAAAAGCACUCUAUGUGGCCCGGCGAGUUCUCCAGAUAUUCCCACCCACGUCUCAUGGGUUUAUCAACAUUCUAACGUUUACCCGCGUCGCUCUAGUGCACAUUGCCGUAGUCGAUACCGCAGUUAUCUCCCAAAGGUCAGCCGAUUAUCUGGCUCAAUCCUUGCUUGACAUCAUCUAUCGUAGCACCGGAUUUAAGGGCGCGUACAAGAGAAUGGCUGACGUGAUCAUGGCAGGGCUGAGUUACAUCCGGGGCUGCCAUAUCAACAAUGUAUUAUCUAUUCUAUCGCAACAUAGAGAUCUAAAAUCCAAUAGUAAGCCACUCCGAGAGCAGCUCGAGGAAUAUGGAGCGAGGUUUUUCUUAGAUGUUCUCUUGACAACAUAA